AUGCACUCCUCGCUUCCUCUGCGAGCUGGCAUCCUCAAGCGCUCCUCCUACUACAACUCCGACUACCGCAGCGGGGCUGCCUUGAUACGAGCCCGCCGCCCGUACCUAGUCAAAAACACUAUCACAGGCAUAGCGAUCUUCGGCUUUGCUAUUGGAGUUUCUCUUCCCCCACUGGAGCUCAGGACGAAGCUGUCCCAGUCCCUUUCAGAGAGCUUUACUUUGACUGACAACUAUUCUCUGCGCAUCUCUUUUCGUGAAACAGUUGCAUUCACUCUCAAAGCUGUGGGCCAAGAGACCUUUGACGACGUGAUCGUCCCGUCAGACACGCAAGUCGUUGCGCCGAACUCGUCCACAGAAGCCGCAAAAUCACCGCAAAUUCAGAACCAGUCGCCGAAGACUCCUACCGCGCAGGCGAACGGGAUGCGCUCAUAG